UCACACUUCCACCUGCUGAAUGAUGGAUCGAUUUGGACAAAUUUUGUGAGAUAAACAUGGCAGAUUUUUUUAAAUCGGCCCUUGGAUAUUUUAGUCCAGGGAGUGGCCGAACCGAAAAUGAUUUUGUUGGACAAUAUGUAGAACUUGGUGACCUUAAAUUAAGAGUGAAGCGAGUCAUAGCGGAAGGUGGUUUUGCUUUUGUGUAUGUAGCACAAGAUGUUGCAUCUGGAAGAGAAUAUGCCUUGAAGAGGCUUCUCUCCAGUGAGGAAGAAAACAGUAAAGCGAUUUAUCAAGAAAUCUGCUUUCUUAAAAAGUUGUCUGGGCAUCCCAAUAUCCUUGAGUUUGUCUCAGCGGCAUCAAUUGGCAAAGAGGAGUCGGACACUGGAAUGAGUGAAUUUCUUAUCCUAACUGAGCUCUGCACAGGUGGUCAAAUGGUGGACAUUAUGAAUGCUGUGGGAGAGUUGUCCUGUGACCAGGUGUUACAGGUGUUCUAUCAGACAUGCCGAGCUGUGCAACACAUGCACAAGCAACAGCAGCCUGUCGUACACAGGGAUUUAAAGGUGGAGAAUCUAUUGCUUAGUUCUAAGGGAUCCAUUAAACUGUGUGAUUUUGGAAGUGCUACUACAAAGAUGCAUUACCCAGACCAUUCUUGGACAGCAAUUAAAAGAAGCUUAGUAGAGGAUGAGAUUGCGAAGCAUACAACUCCUAUGUAUCGCACACCAGAAAUGCUUGAUCUCUAUCAGAACUUCCCAAUAACAGAGAAGGCCGAUAUAUGGGCACUGGGCUGCGUGUUGUUUAUGUUGUGCUUCCGGGAACAUCCCUUUGAGGAUUCUGCCAAGCUAAGGAUAAUCAAUGGAAAAUAUAACAUUCCAGCCACAGACUCAAAGUACAAAGUAUUCCAUGGUCUUAUACGCUCCAUGCUUAAGAUAGAUCCCAGGGAGAGGCCAGCUGUUGGAGAGGUGAUAGAAAGGCUGCAGGAGAUAGCUGUUGCCAGAGGGGUUGACCUCAAGGUUCCCUUGAAUUUUGGAAUUCCACAGAACAGAGCUAGUGCCCCAGGCACACCAGAGAGGAGGCCCCCACCCCAGCAGUAUCAGCCCUAUCCCCAGGGGGGGCAGUCCUCCACCAGCAACCUUAUUAGCUCACUUAAAGGAGGCGCUGGAAGCCUGAUGAAAAAUAUCAAAGAUGCCUCCUCUAAAGUUAUGGAGACUGUUCAAGCCACUAUGAACAAAGGGGACCUAGAUAUAGCUUACAUUACAUCGCGGUUGAUAGUCAUGUCCUAUCCAGCAGAAGGGGUAGAGUCUGCUAUCAAAAAUCACAUCGAUGAUGUCAGGAAUUACCUUGAAGACAGGCAUCCUGAUUCUUAUGCAGUGUACAAUUUGUCUCAAAGAAGUUACAAAUCAGUGAAAUUUCAAAACAGAGUCUCUGAAUGUGGUUGGCCAGCUAAAAAAGCACCAUCAUUGCAAGCGUUAUUUGCCAUCUGUAAGAACAUGCACCUUUGGUUGCGUCAGAAUCCAAAGAAUGUGUGUGUGGUCCACUGCACGGAUGGCAAAGCUAAUUCUGCUACAGUCAUAGGGGCUUUCCUUGUGUUCUGUAGACUGUUUGACAAUGUUGCCUCCACUAUCCACUUGUUCACAGUAAGAAGAUGUGCCCCGGCAAUGCAGCCCUCUCAGAAGAGGUAUAUUGAUUAUAUGUGUCACAUGAUGAAUGAAGAGCCUGUCAUGCCCCAUAGCAAACCACUGAUGUUGUCUAGUUUGACCAUGGUCCCUAUUCCAUUAUUUAAUAAGACAAAGUCUGGUUGUAGACCUUUUGUGGAGGUCUAUGUUGGUGAAGAAAGAGUUUUAUCCACAUCACAGGAAUAUGAUAGAAUGAGGGGGUAUGAUGUCUCUGACAGUAAGGUUGUUAUUCCACUGAAUGUGUCAGUAUGUGGAGAUGUAACCAUUGUGGCCUACCAUGCCAGGUCUACCUUUGGGGGGAAAGUGCAAGGAAAGAUAACAUCUUUCAAGAUGUUUCAAGUUCAAUUCCAUACGGGAUAUCUGAAGUCAGAUCAAAAAGACAUCAAGUUUUCCAAGUAUGACUUGGAUCAGACAGAAGACCCAGAGAAGUACCCAGAGCUGUUCAAUGUGGUGCUGUCACUCGCUGUGGCCCCAAAAGAUCGUGUGCGGAGACCUGGAGAGAAACCACCCAUAUGGGAGUCAGCCAAUACAAAGGAGAUGAAACCUAGAAUCCUCUUUUCAAAUAAGGAAGAAUUCCAAAGAGUGUGUGCAGAAUUUGGAGUUAAGCAGAAGAAAAGCAUGAGUCGGUCUGAGAGUACAACUUCAGAGGAGGAGGUAACAACCCCACCACCAUCUAAAGACCAAAAUGACUUCUUCAGUCAGGCCAAUGCCCAAAAGGGCAUGCAAGGAGGGACAAAAGUUGGCAAGUCCAGUUUCUUUGACACCAUUGAAUGGCAGGAUGAUGUUCCCAGUGACAAUGUGAGAAACAGGCGUGUGAGUGAUGAUUUUGCUGAUUUUACCAAUGAAAGACAUGGUCAGCAAGAGGAGAACAAGAGCUACUUGCAGAGAGAGGAGGGAGCAGGUCUUCUUGGAGAUGUGAGCGGUGAGGAAGACGAGGUAAGUCAUGUGCCUCCUCCAAGACCUCCACCUCCCCAUGUUACCCGGACAACUGCAGAUAACAAGCCUGCAGAGCCCCAGGUGGAUCUACUGAAUAUGGGAAGUGCACAGACCACUUCUAAUGACAUAAAUUUGUUUGACAUUGGUCACACUGAAACGGAAGCCUCUAACUUUGACCUCCUAAGUGGAUCAGCUUCAUACGGUGGCAGUGAGAAAAGCAACACUACAGCAGAUUUGUUGGGUGGUCAAGACACAUUUGACCCCUUUCAAGAUGCUGCCCCAGCAUCUUCCUCAGCCUCGUCAUUUCAACAACCAUUUUCCAAUCAGAACACAUUUCAAAACACAAAACAAGGACAGAAUGAUACAGACUUUGCCAAUCAUUUUGAUGCAUUUGAUCCCUUCCAUGGAUCUCAGUCAGGGAAUGAUGAUUUCAUAGGGUUCACGGGAAGCAGUGGAGGCAAGACAACAACAGCAAGUGGUACAGCACAAGAUGGUCCCGAUUUGAUGGGGAGUUGGGAUCCAACUGCCACCUCUUUGCCCAGGAAUGGGAGUGCCACCAACAUGGGGGGAAUGGGGGGCGGCUGGAAUGCCAACCCAGGUGCCAAUUUGAUGGGUGGUGGAAAUAAUGGCACUGCUGCCCACCAGAGUAGUGGGUCCCACCUUGGGGCACACCUUGGGCCGCACCUUGGGAUGGGAAUGCACCGCAAUAGCAGCUUCCCUGGAAUGGGGUUCCAAACCACAAGUGGCAGCACCACAACUGCUGAAGGGAUGGGCAUGCAGAGAAACAGCAGCUCACAAAACAUCAGAGGACAUGUUGAUGCCAAACCAGCUGAUCCCUUUGCAAAUUUAGGUAACUUUGGCAGCCUUGGUGUACAAGGUAUGAAGGGCAGUCAGAGUUUCAGUGCAAUGCCUAAUGUGCCAACUGCUGGACAGUCACAACAAAAAAUGCAAGGAGCAGGAGGAUCAUGGCAGUCCCCAACAAAAAAACAGUCUCAGCCUCUGCAACAACAACAACAACAACAACAACAAAAGAAGCCCCAGGCUGCCAAACCCAACUAUAAUGUUGGAGGGUUCUCCAGUGUGGUGGGAGGGAGAGAGGACAGGGGACCCAGAAAACCUUUUGGUUAUGAAAAACCACAGAUGACCAAAAAUACAUUUGAAGACCUGCUGGGAACUCACGGGUUUUCAGCAUCCUCUAGUAAAAAUGAGCCUAAGACGAUCAAAGAAAUGAGAAAAGAUGUGCAAGCCCAGAUAAUGGAUCCUGAGAUGCUAAAGGUCAAGGAGUGGGUAGAAGGUAAAGAACGCAAUAUCCGCGCCCUUCUUGGCUCUAUGAACUCUGUACUUUGGGAAGGUGAAAACAGGUGGAAAGAUGUUGGCAUGCAUGACUUGGUGACACCAGAACAAGUGAAGAAAGCAUACAGGAAAGCAGUCUUAGUUAUACAUCCUGAUAAACUCACUGGAACUCCUCAGGAAAACCUGGCAAAAUUGAUAUUCAUGGAGUUAAAUGAUGCAUGGACUGAGUUUGAAAAUUCAGGAAUGCAGUCACUCUACUAACCCAUCUUGCCAGGCAGUAAGCAUAGGAAGAUUUCAAUGUGGAACCAGUGAAACUGUAUAGUUCUUUUACUUUUAAAGCACUGUCAAUAAAAACAAAUAAAUGAGAAAAAUACUGUAAUGCAUACCGUGUCACAGCAGAUUUUACUGAUUAUCAAAUAUAACAGCAUAAACUAUGGGACACUGUUAUUAUUUUACUUUUUAAGAUAAAUAUGUCACCAGAUGAAAUCCCAAAGAGUGUACAAUUAAGUAAAGAAAAAAAUGUUUAAUGCUGCAUAUAAAUCCAGGUAUUAUUAUUAGAUAUAUACAUAUACAUGUGAUAUAUAAUUAUACAUCUUGAAUAAGGGGAAUAAGUUGGUGUUGACUUAUAAAUUAGUUAUGCAGUGCAAAAAAAUUAAU